UUGACAUUUGUUUGGCUUUUGUUCUUAAUAAAUAUAAAUUAUCAUGUAAUUACGCGUGUAACAGCGAUUAUGUUUACAUUUUCGCUUCGUAACAGUUUCGCUUAUUAGCUGAUUACUGAAAUAUGGUGCAUCAGCAAUGUUCGUUUCGGUUCGGCAGCGCAUAAAUCGAUAAUUUCGCCCGUGCCGCAUUUUUAUUUUCCCGAUGCUUAUUUCGUGUAUAAUUUGAUAUUAUUAGAAUAUAAAGUGGUUAAAUAGACGAAAUAAUGUACUGAACUGUGUGUGUAAAUAACUAUAUUUAAGAAUAAACUGUGAAAUAUCAUUAAAUGUGUGAUGUCAAAAAGGCGCGAACGCUUUUCACCGCUGUAGAAUUUUGGGACGAAAAUAAAACAUAGUGUUUGUGCGAAACAAAGACAUUAAAGCUUCGCGUUGUGUUUACGAGACCCUGCAAGUGUUAUAACUGAAUUUCGCACAAGUUUUCUGGAGGUAUAUGGCGUGGAAACUAUCUUUCUGCUCAUUAGGUUCAUGUUAAGUUCCCCUCUGCACUUGCAAUGCGGUUAAGAAGUAGAAAGAGGGAGCCCCUCUCAGUCAAGAGGAGCACAGCCAAGGUCACCAAACUGAAGGCAAAACCACUAAACAGCCGCUUGUCUCCUCCCAACGCUACCUGGAAGAAGGUUCUCAAACGAGACACUGCUAAAAAUGGUUUACCGGAAAUUUGCACUCGUUCGCAGCUAAAAACUAGGCCCGUCAGAACCAAGCUAGUUAGUAUGGAGAAAGAGCACAAGAAAGAGCUGAAAAGCACAAAGAAACCGAUCUUCCAAACUGUUGUACGUAGUACUAAUAAGGAACUUGUGACUUCCACUACAAAGUUAAGAGAUAAAACGCAGAACGAUAAAGUUACAACAACUUCCAAGCCAAAACUUAAAGAUGUACGAACCACAAAAAGUGUUCAGCUCCGACACAGUUCACUCAAUCGUGAGAAGAAGUCUGAAUCCGUCGAAAUAUCAUCUCCUCGGAAAACCAGGCGUAUGGACAAGAAUGAGAAAUCAGCGUCUUUAAACAGUUCACCGAUCCGCAAAGUCCGUCAGCUCGGUAUACCUUCAGCAAAAAGCAAGAUUGCUGUAAGUUCAACUAACGAAAGCCCUAAGAAGAAAACUAAGACCAAGGCAGCUAUAGUUCCUGAGCAAAAUAAUUGGAACACCGAAGACAAUGAUGUAACUAUGUACGAGCCGCAUACAACUACAUUCGUAGACUUCCCAACUCCGAAACAUGAGGAAUCAGACUCUGAGACCCAAGUGGAGUCAUCGCUGUGUCUUCCGAACGACUGCUUGAAUGAUUUCAUGGCUAUAGCGGAGUGUGCCCGGCUGAUCAACCAAGACUUGCCGGCUGAAGAUGAAGAUAUCAACUAUUUAGCUGACAGAGCUGCUAAGGUGAUGACUACAGAGAAAGCUCGACGCAAAUCUAGUAACGAACUAGAGAUGUACCAGCCGACAUCCACCACAGAUGAUGCAGACACGGAUGUGUUCAAACACAAGCAUAAAUACGUGCAGCCGGACUUCGUGACAAUGUUAGAGCAAGACGGCUACGUUCGAGACAGCGAGUGCGAGAUAUCAUCAACGUGCGAUACGCAAGGAACUGCUAUAGAGAGUCUGGAGGCGCUUUCGGCGCGGAGCCCUAGCGAGGGAUUCCUUCAUGAGAUAACGCAGAGCUUGGCCGCGGAGGCCGCUGGUUGGAGCACUUCGGAUAUCACUGCUGACGAGUCUUCGCUGACUUGCCAUGAUGAACAACCUCCUUCUGACCUGGAGGAGGAAGCGGCAGACGUUAUAUCGUCGUGCAGUAAUCGGGUCGACUGCGAGCAGAUUUCCUCUUGGGUGGACGCUUUUGACCCAUAUCUCUUCAUUAAACAGCUACCUCCUUUGGAGAGCGUGGCUACCGGCGCCCUUCGUGCGCGGUACCCAGCGUUACCGCUCAAGACACGAACUAGUCCCGAUUUCAGUCUGGUUUUGGACUUGGACGAGACGCUGGUGCACUGCUCUCUCCAGGAGCUGCCGGACGCGAGCUUCCACUUCCCUGUGCUGUUCCAGGACUGCCGAUACACGGUAUUCGUCCGCACUCGGCCACAUUUCGCAGAGUUCCUAGCGCGCGUGUCGCGCACUUACGAAGUGAUCCUGUUUACCGCUAGCAAGCGGGUCUACGCUGAUCGUCUACUGAACCUGUUGGACCCCGAACGACGAUGGAUCAAAUACAGGUUAUUCCGAGAGCACUGCCUACUUGUGAACGGGAACUACGUGAAAGACCUUUCCAUCCUCGGCCGAGAUCUGCGUAAGACCGUCAUAGUGGAUAACAGUCCCCAGGCAUUCGGUUACCAGUUGGAGAAUGGUAUACCCAUUGACAGCUGGUUCGUGGACCGCAGUGACAACGAACUGCUGAAAUUGUUGCCUUUCUUAGAGGAUUUGGCCACGAAAGAAGAUGUACGCCCCCACAUAAGGGACAAAUACCGCCUCUUCAGCUAUCUUCCACCCGGAUAAACAGUAAAUAUAAUUAAUAAUAAUAUUAUUCAGACAUUCUUCCUAACUGUAAGGAUCUUCUUAAAAACUACCCGUAAAAAAAACAAAUUUUAUUAAAAAUUUCGCCGGCUUGAGCCAGUACCUUGGUAGCUCAGUUGUCACCCUGAAGAAACAUAUUUUGUUUAAAUUAAGAGUUAUCUAUUGUUUUUUUUUUUUAAUAAAAUGUCUUGAAUAUGAUUUUAAGUACUUUUCAGCAGUUUUCGAAAAGUUUGUACAAAAACUAAAGAUAAUAGUUUUUUUUUUCUUCC